AUGGAGGUCGGGUUUUUGGGGCUGGGAAUAAUGGGGAAAGCCAUGUCCAUGAAUCUGCUUCGCCAUGGCUUCAAGGUCACCGUUUGGAACAGGACCCUCUCUAAGUGUGACGAGCUUGUGGAGCAUGGUGCUUCUGUUGCAGAAACCCCUGCAGCAGUGGUUAAGAAGUGCAAGUAUACAAUUGCAAUGUUAUCUGAUCCUUCUGCUGCCCAUUCGGUGGUUUUUGGCAAAGAUGGCAUUCUUGAGCAGAUUUGUGCCGGAAAAGGUUACGUCGACAUGUCUACAGUUGAUGCUGAUACUUCUACAAAGAUUAAUGAGGAAAUUACAGCAAAGGGUGGUUACUUCCUUGAAGCUCCUGUUUCAGGUAGCAAAAAGCCCGCCGAAGAUGGUCAAUUAGUUAUCCUUGCAGCUGGGGAGAAGGCAUUGUACGAGGAAGUGAUUCCUGCUUUUAAUGUCAUGGGAAAGAAGUCUUUCUACCUGGGGCAGGUUGGAAAUGGAGCAAAAAUGAAACUUGUUGUCAAUAUGAUAAUGGGAAGCAUGAUCAAUGCAUUCUCUGAGGGACUUGUUCUUGCUGGAAGAAGUGGACUGGAUCCUAGUGUUCUUCUUGAUGUAUUGGAUCUGGGUGGAAUUGCAAAUCCAAUGUUUAGAUUGAAAGGACCCACUAUGAUUCAGGGCAGUCACUCUCCUGCAUUUCCUUUAAAACAUCAGCAGAAAGACAUGAGAUUGGCUCUUGCCCUUGGGGAUGAAACUGCUACAUCAAUGCCAGUAGCUGCUGCAGCUAAUGAGGCUUUCAAGAAGGCAAGAAGCAUGGGGCUUGGGGACCUUGACUUUUCAGCUGUGUAUGAGACCGUGAAGGCUCUUGAACCACCCUCUUAA